AUGGCGACCGCCGCAGCUGCCGCCGCCGCCACGCCGCGCCGCCGGCGCGGGAAGGGCGGGAAGGGCCCCAACUCCGACCUCUCCCGCACACUCACCGACUGCACCCGCCGCGGGGACGCCGCCGCCGCCAUGGCCGCCUUCGACGCCGCCGCCGCCGCCUCCGGCCCCGCCGACCUCCUCCUCGCCGCGCACCAGUACAACCAGCUCCUCCACCUGCUCGCCUCCGCCGACCACGCCUCCUUCCCCGCCGCCCCACCCGCCGCCGCCGCGCGCCGCGUGUUCGCCCACAUGCUGGACGCCGGGGCGCCGCCCUCCGAGGCCACCAUCACCUCGCUCGCCCGCGCCGUCGCCCCCUCCGACCCCGACGAGGCCUUCCAGCUCGUCGCCACCAUGCACUCAACCUACGGCCUCGCGCCGCGCCUCCGGUCCUACAGCCCCGUGCUCUCCGCAUUCCGCCACGCCGGGAACUCUACCAAGGCCUACGCCGUCGAGGCCCACAUGAUAUCCUCCGCCAUCUCCCCCGAGGAGCCCGAGCUCGCCGCGCUCCUCGAGGUCAGCGCGAAGGCAGGGGACACAGACAAGGUGUACGAGUAUAUGCACAAGCUGAGGCGAGCCGUGGGCUGCGUCACCAACGACACCGCCGAGGCGUUGGAGGGGUGGUUCCGCAGCGAGGAGGCGGCGAUGGCCGGUAAGGCCGAGUGGGACGCCCACCAGGUCAAGGAUGCCGUUGUGGCGAAUGGCGGCGGGUGCCAUCAGCUUGGGUGGCUUCAUACUGGCCCGUGGACGGUGCAGCGGGUGAAGGUUGGCAUGGGUGGUGACUGCGGCGGAUGCGGAUGCCGCCUGGCGUCUGUUGAUAUUGAUAUGGAGGAGACGCAUACAUUUGCUGAUUCUGUCUCCGGGUUGGCCCUUGAGAGGGAGACCAAAGCAAACUUCAGCCAGUUUCAGUCAUCCUUAAAGACCUGGUGGUUGGUUGCCAUGUCUGCACAAUUAUUGCUUGCUCAAGUAACUGGUCCUAAACCUGUAAUCAGAGAUAACUAA